AUGAUGGUGUUGCGACUCGCCCCGCUUGUUCUUCUACUCGUUUCCUGCGCCUCUGUGGUUUCCGCACUCAGCGCCACGACGUCGAAGACAGUCAAAUCGCGAGAUGGCACACCGAUCUUUGCCCAAGCUACGGGGGAUCCAACGAAGCAGAGCAUCGUUUUUGUGCACGGUUUCGCGCUGAGCGGACUCGCAUUCGAUAGACUAGUCGCCAACCCCAAAUUCAAAAGCGAUUUCUACCUCGUUCGUUUCGACAUGCGCGGUCAUGGAAGAAGUGGCAAACCGAAUACACCAGAAGCACACACAUCGGAUAAAUACGCCGAUGAUUUCAGAGCAGUGAUGAAAGCUUUCUGUCUUGAUAAACCGGUUCUGGUUGGCUGGUUAGCGUUCUUUCCAGCCGCUGUUAUCACCGAUGUCGUGGCUAAUAACAAAGAUAUCCCAAUUGCUGCCGCCGUCGCCCUCGACGGGUCGCCCGGCAUUGACAUGAACAUCGUUCCAAAGAUCGCCACCCCUCUUUUGUUAGGCACACUCCCUGUGUUCAACGACAACACGAACGUCACGGCUGCCCUCGAGAUUCGCACGUCCUUCGUGGAUGCCCUUUUCGCCAACCCUGCCAAUGUACCCUUUAGCCUGAAAGCUGAGUACCUGGGGCAAACCGUGGUUCAGAACCCGGAUGUCAGUGCCUUGGUGUCCAUACGUCCGCAGAAUGCUUCCAAGCUUUUCGAAGCGGGUGAUGCUGGGAAGCUUACCAUGAUGCUUCUCUCAGGAAAAUCGGACUCUAUGGUGAUCCAGGCGGGCGUGAACUCGAUAUUCGGCCCUCAUUUCAAGAAUCUGCGGGUCAGGCAGAUAGACGGAGGGCAUGCUGUGUUUGACGACAACCUCGAAGGCACGGUCGCGGAAUUGACUUCCUUCGUUCACGAUGUGGUUGUUAGUAUUUCCUUUCCUUCUCAUUGA